GGUACUGAUAUCAUCGAGUCGACUUACGGCUAAUUUCCUCUUUUGAGCGCCUCAACUUUUCAUGCGCUAGUAACACAUCCAGCUUAGAUACAUAGAUUGUCAAAGCAUCCAACAAUAAUAAAACAUUGGAACUAACGUUCAAGGAAAGUUCAAGGAUGAAUAUGAUGUGGAAAUCACAGGGAACUUACUUCAAAAUAUAUUUUUUCUUGUAUUCGUUUCUAUUUAUAUAUUUAUCGUAUUUACCAAAGAUUUUUCUUAGCUUCUGAUUACUAACGGCAUGUUAAUCUCUAACCAAUCUGUGAAAUCUGUGUCAUGAGCGACCAAAGAUUGGUGUUAUUAUUGUAUCUGAGCGAGCCUGAGCUAGCUCAGGCGAAAUCUGUGCAACACUAUAACUUGACACCUGGCUACAAAACAUCCAUACAAAUACAAAACAUCAUUCGGACCGUGUCAAGUUAAUCCACACGAGCAUAUUAAUUUACUCGUUGUUGGAGGGAUCUGGGAUAUACUUAAGAUGUAUUUUUAUCUAUGGCGACAGACUCUUUUUUAAAUAUUCAAAUAGUGGCUCGUCUCUCGCUUUACAUCUUACAAUAUAAAUAUUACUUUACGUUACAACAAUAGUGAUCUGUGCGUUACAAUGUUGAUAAAGUUAUUAAAAAAAAAGAGAUUGAUACAAAGUGGCCUUUAAUAUGAAUAAGGAAAAAACGCCCCCCAAACCAAUUUUAGUUAAAACAGAGACACCGAAAAAUGUUUUAACAGCACCAAGCCGAGUUGUUUCCAGGCCUGAUAAACUUGAGGGAGGUGAAGAAACUGAAAUAGCUGCUCAAAUAGUAGUACCUGAAGAAAGUUGUUGGGGUUGGGUGGUGGUUGCAGCAUCCUUUAUUAGUGUUUUAAUUUUAGACGGAAUUGUAUUUACUUUCGGCAGUUUGAUGAGCGACAUUUCAAUUGACCUUAGUGUAUCAUUUUCGUUAACAAAUUUUUUAAACUCUUUAGCACUUGCAGUGUACUAUAUUGCUGGUCCGUUAGCUUCAGCAUUUAUAAAUCGCUUUGGAUUUAGAGCGUGCAUUAUGUCAGGAUCAGUUUUAAGUUCCAUUUCAUUAUUUAUGUCAUACUUUGCACGUAAUUUUAUGACUUUGUGCAUAUUUUAUGGAGCAUUGGCGGGUUUCGGAUACUGUUUAAUAAAUAUGGCAUGUGGGUUAAUAGUAGGAUUUUAUUUCGACAAACUUCGUUCAUUAGCAUUAGCCAUAGCAUCAUGCGGUUCAAGUAUUGGAAUAAUGGGUUUCUACCCAUUAAAUUCAUAUUUUGUUAAAUUAUCUGGAUGGAGGACAACAACGUUAUUACACUCGGGAUUAUUGGGGUUAACGUAUUUUUUUGGUAUGGCUUUUCGACCAGUUUUAUCCUUUACCGUCGUAAAAACUACCGAUGAUCAAACACGAACAGUUACUUACUUGCCAAAUGUAUCUGCAGCUGGUCUUAAGCUAGCAGCGUCACGCACUAAAACCGACGACAAAAUUUUAGAACCAACUGCAACAGAACGUUUAUUCAGUGCUGUUUCAAAUUCUAACUUUCCUACGGCAGCGGCACUAGUAGAAGAUUCCCCAGAUAUUCGUACAUCGGCUGCACAGCCUGGCCCCUCAACUGCUCCUGUAUCAAAACUAACAUUAACUGCAAAUGCUCCUCAAGGAGGUAUAAGUCAGAGGCAACUUAAGCAAGUAAAAUCCAUUAUGUCAAAAUCGAGUGUACUACAAGACAAAUCAAAGCCGCCACCUGUUGAAAUUGAAGUUACCGUGGAAUCUAAAAAAUCUAGCUGUUGGGGACGGUUAUGUCACUGGGAGAAACAUGUACCACAAUCUCGACCAAUGUAUAGAGAUGAUGUGUUUUAUGAAGGAAAUUUAGAGAAGCUACCAGCGUAUCAAAAAAGCAAGAUGGCUACAGAUGCUUCUAAAACUGGUUUAGAGUAUCAAUUGGCCGUAUCAAGAGCAGCGACCGCAGGUGAUUUAGGUGAAAAGAGGGGAAUAUUCACUACAGCUGUUAGAAGAGUAUUAGCAACUAUGAUGGACCCUAAGCUAUUGCGUAGGAAAUCUUUUAUAUGUUUAUGUUUAGCGGGAUUCAGCAUUAAUGUAGGACUUAUAGCUCCGUACAUUUUUACGCAGCAUAAAAAUCUUGAAGCAGGAAUUGAUCCAAAACAUUGUGCGUUUUUUGUAAGUGUUAUAGCCUUAGCGAACGCGGUUGGUAGACUAGUGUUGGGAGGUCUUGCCUGCAAAGUAGAACCAAUUAAUGUAUACAUUGUAUCAAUGUUUAUAGCAGGUUUAAGUAAUAUAAUAUCAGAUCUAUCAUAUAAUUUAUAUUAUCAGUAUUUCUAUUGUUUCAUGUAUGGAUUUUUCGCGUCUACCGCGACUUGUUUAAGAAGUGUGGUAAUCGUCUCCCUGUACGGUUUAGAUAAUUUAACAAACGCGACUGGUAUAGUUCUCGUGUUUAUAGGGCUAGGAUGCUUAAUAAGUGCUCCAGGUGUAAGUGUACUUAAAGAUUUAUAUGGUUAUUCGGUGGCAUUUUAUGUAUCCGGAGUCUUUAUUAUUGUGGGAGGUAUAAUUAUGUUACCUAUAAAAGUCAUGUGUGAAAAGGAAAAUAAAAUAAAUAACUUAACAAGAUCGCAGCCACCAAAAUCUUCAAAAAAUGGAGAUAAAUAAAAAAAUAAAAAAAAUGAAAAUUCUAGUCACAGAAAUCAAAACGUAAACUUUUGACUAAGUGACUGAGGGCCGUCACACACCUAACGAGACGCAGCAAAGAGCAUGAUCGCGAAGAUUUCUAAAUGACCAUUAGGCACAUAGGGCAAAUAAAAGAUGCGCGAACAUCCGCGAGUAUAAGUCACAGUCUAGCGACGGUUGCAAUGCUUUCCUACCAGGAAAUAGUUUUACAAUAUGUUAUAUUAAUUAAAGUUAUAAUAAUGAAAGUUUCCUUAAUUAUUCAACUACAUUUUAACUUUAAGGAGGUCAGUCACAAAUGUGCUAGCCUCGCGAGAUAAACACCGGUCUAUAAAGUUGUUUGUAAUUUUUGUAAUGAUUGUAGUUUUUAUAGGUCACACAUCAUUGUGUUAGAAACUGUAGACAAAAUAAUAUACUACUGCUUAUUUCAAUUGUUUAGUAUUUUUAUGUUAAAAAAUGUAAUAUUGUUAUAUUAUAAAUUGUU